CUUCUAUUUGUGCGCAGAGGUUUGCCAGCAAAUGAACUCCAAGGAUUCCCGGGUGUUGGGGAAGGAGAUCUGGAACAUCUUCUUGGAGAAGAACGCGCCUCUGAGAAUAAAGGUGUCUGAGCAGUUGCUAGCUGACAUAGAGUCUCGCCUGCGGAACGGGGAGGACGUCCGAAGCGCCUUCUCCGAGGCUCAGGACGCAGCGAUGCCCGAGAUCCAGGAGCAGAUCCAGGACUACAGGACGAAGCGCACCAUGGGCCUGGGAAGCCUGUAUGGAGAAAACGACCUGCUGGAUCUGGACGGCGAUCCCCAGAAGGAGCGCCAGGUGGCUGAGAAGCAGCUUGCUCAGCUGGGCGACAUACUGUCGAAAUACGAAGAGGACAGGAGCUCCCCCAUGGCCUUUGCCCUCAGCACCUACAUGAGCCACACGGGAAUCCGGAUGCGGGAGGCCCGGCCGGCCAGCACCAGCGAGAAGUCCCAGGCCUUCCCAGACAAGGACAAGUGGCUGCCCUUUUUCCCCAAGGCCAAGAAGAGCAGCAGCACGAAGAAGGACAAAGACGCGAUGGAGGAUAAGAAACGCAAUCCCAUCCUGAAAUACAUCGGGAAGCCCAAAAGCUCCUCCCAGAGUACAUUUCAUGUCCCCUUGUCCCCUGUGGAAGUCAAACCCGGCAACGUGAGGAACAUCAUCCAGCACUUUGAAAACAACCAGCAUUGCGAGUCCCAGGAGCCUGGCACGCAGCGCCUCUCCACCGGCAGCUUCCCUGAAGAGCUGCUGGACUCGGACAGUUCCAGGUCAGAGGUCAAGCUGGGCCGGUCGGAGAGCCUGAAAGGGCGGGAGGAGAUGAAGAAAUCGCGCAAGGCAGAGAACGUGCCACGGUCCCGGAGCGACGUGGACAUGGACGCCGCAGCAGAGGCCACGCGGCUUCACCAGUCGGCGUCGUCUUCGGCAUCCAGCCUGUCCACGAGGUCCCUGGAAAACCCCACUCCUCCCUACACGCCCAAGAUGGGGCGCAGGAGCAUCGAGUCCCCCAAUCUGGGCUUCGGCACCGACUCCUUCCUCCCCCACCUGCUGGAGGAUGACCUGGGCCAGCUGUCGGACCUGGAGCCGGAACCAGACUCUCAGAACUGGCAGCACACGGUCGGCCGGGAGGUCAUGGCUUACCUGACCCACAGGGAGAUCGACCGCCAGGAGGUGAUCAACGAGCUCUUUGCCACGGAGGCGUCUCACCUGCGGAUCCUCCGAGUCCUGGACGUCCUCUUCUACCAGCGGAUGAAGAGGGAGAACUUGCUGUCGCGGGAGGAGCUGGGGCUGCUCUUCCCCAACCUCCCGGACCUGAUCGACAUCCACAAUUCUCUGUCUGAAUCCAUGAAGAAGCUCCGAGAAGAAGGACCAAUCAUCAAGGAGAUCGGGGAUCUCAUGCUUUCUCGGUUCGACGGGCCGGCGCGGGAGGAAAUCCAGCAGGUGGCGGCCGAUUUCUGCUCGUACCAGUCCAUCGCCCUGGAGCUGAUCAAAACCAAGCAGCGCAAGGAGACCCGCUUCCAGAUCUUCAUGCAGGAAGCCGAGAGCAACCCGCAGUGCCGACGCCUGCAGCUCAAGGACCUGAUCAUCUCCGAGAUGCAGCGCCUGACCAAGUACCCGCUGCUGCUGGAGAACAUCCUCAAGCACACGGACGGCGGGACCCCGGAGCACAAGAAGCUGUGCCGCGCCCGUGACCAGUGCCGGGAGAUCCUCAGGUACGUGAACGAGGCGGUGAAGCGGGCGGAGAACCGGCACCGGCUGGAGGCCUACCAGAAGCGCCUGGAUGCCACGUCUCUGGAGCGGACCAGCAACCCACUGGCGGCCGAGUUCAAGAACCUCGACCUCACCUCCCGGCGCAUGAUCCACGAGGGGGCUUUGAGCUGGCGCAUCAGCAAGGAGAAGACGUUGGAUCUGCACGUGCUGCUGCUGGAGGACCUCCUGGUGCUGCUGCAGAAGCAGGACGAGAAGCUGGUGCUGAAAUUUCACAGCAAGACGGCGCUGGGCUCCUCGGACACCAAGCAGACCUUCAGCCCCGUCCUGAAGCUCAACUCCAUGCUCAUCCGCUCCGUGGCCACAGACAAACGAGCGCUCUUCAUCAUCUGCACCUCGGAGCUGGGGCCCCAGAUCUACGAGCUGGUAGCGCUGACGCCCUCGGAGAAAAACACGUGGAUGGAGCUGCUGGAGGAGGCGGUGCAGAGUGCCAUGAGGAACGCCACCUCCCCCCCCAAACGCAGGGCCCGGGAGCUGCCCAUCCACAGGCCGGCACCGUCCAGCCUGGUGCUGCAAGACCCCGACGUCUCCCCGAUCCUCUCCCAAGCCGACAGCUCCGGGGCGGAGGUGGACGAUGUCUCUUCAGCGGAUGACAAUCCCACCGACUUCCUGGGCAAGGGGAAGCAUCCGGUGCUGGCGGAGGAGCCGGAGGCCGAAGGCAGCGAGGAGGAGGAAGAGGGGGAGGAGGCGCCGGCUGCCCCUGUGCCGGCACAGAGCUCUGCGGUGUUAGAUGAAGCUGGAGCGUCCGAGGCCCCGGGGUCCAGCAUGCACCUGUCCCUCCCGGGACUUGUGUUGACAGAGGGACUGGCCGAAUCAGCCCUGGAGGACGUGGAGAACCUGCGGCAUCUAAUCCUGCGCAGCCUGCUGCCCUGCCGGGACCCGGAGCCUGAGGACGACCUGACCCCCACGCCCUCGGUGGCUGGAGGAGCCGCGCAGCCCUGGGACUCGGUGCUGUCCAGCCAGGACUCAGGCUGCCAAGAGCAGUCGAUGGAGCCCUCAGGGCAGGGCGGCCCCACCACGGACACGGCUGGUCUCCCGGGCCACUCGCCCAGCGGCAGGACGGAGACGGAGACAGAAAGUCGGCCGAGCGCGGGGGACAUGGAGGAGCCGGGCAGGAGUUCGGACGGCGGUCGGGAGGUGUCCCAGGAAGUGGAGAGACCCCCAGCUGCGGAGGGGCAGGGCGGCUACAAAGUGGUCCGGAAAGGGAAUUACUUCUACGUCAGCAUGCCCGCCGGCCCCGCAGAGUCCUCCACCGAGCCCCCCGCCCCCAAGCCGCCAGCGAGCCCCGUGGAGCAGUCCCCCAGCGCGCCCCGCCUCACCCUCGGCUCCCAGCAGCACGACCAGGACAGCACACCGGGCCCCGGCAGCCUGGAUGGGGCUCCACCCCCCGAGCCGCCCGCCCCCAGCCUGGUGAUCCAGGACGUUGACAUGAUCUUCCGGACGAUAGAACAGCUCACGCUGAAACUCACCAGGCUAAAGGACAUGGAGAUGGCCCAUCGCGAGUUGCUGCGGUCUCUGGGAAGAGGUUCGUCGGCUGAGACCACCCCGGUGGGGGUCACCACGCUGGAGAUGGGCCGGUGGCCGGAAUGCCCGCCUAGCCCUGCCAGCGAUCGCUGCCCCUCCCCUGCCCAGCGAGGCUGCGGGCCCUGGCAGCCAGCGAGCCCGGCUGCCGAGUCCCCUUGGAGGAACCCCUCUGCACCAAUGCCCUGCCAGGGAGGAGAUCUCCCCAAAGAUGGCUGGGAAGAAGGAUCAGCAGGGCACCCCCUGGACCCACCCAACCUGGGGAAAGCCACCUGGGAGGCGGGGCAGCCCGAAUGUUGAAACAGACCCGUGGGGGCUGCCACUGGAAGCUUGGAGCAGAACUGGAAUCCCCCGGGGAAGCGCAUGUUAGUUUCGGCUGAUCUCGGUGUCUCGUCCUAGCCAUGGGGCUGGGUGGCCCUUUGCCUGGAGAGCGAGUGCCCGUCACCCUGCAUGCUGCCUGCUGCUGUCAGGCCGGGUCCCCACCGCUGCCUCCACCUCUGUGCCCCCCACGGACAAGCAUCGUCCCUGUACACAAGAGCUGGAAUAUAGUCUGUCGAAAUGCACUUUUUGUUUCUCUCCGUGCUGAGGAGCCCAUGUGGUGGGUCCCGGCCCGCCCUCUCUGCUGAUCAGAUAUAAAUAUGUAUGUAUGUGCAUUGGGUUCUUGUAAAUAACUGGACUGUAUCCCGUGACCCUGCAGUACAACGGCCAUUACCACUAUCCCGCUGCCCUGCCCAGCCUGGGGAAACGAGAUUCCAAGCAGCCCGGUCCUCUUACCACUAAGUGUUCCCUCUGGGCCUGUCGCUGUGUCUCCCCCGGCCCUGUGGGGCCAUAGCACAUGCUGUUGGCAUUAGCCGGCCUUUCUCCCUCCAGCAGAUGCGCUGCCCCCUCCUUUGGGCAGAGGCUUUUCUGUAGGGGCUGUCUGGAAAACGCACAUUGCUCCACUGGAACGGCUGCAUCCCCAGGGCGGGCAGCGGGCUGGGAAAAUGGGACACCCCCACGGCCGCCUCUGCCGCCCCGGGCCUGCCCCCCUCAUCAGCCCCCCGGCCCGGACCCAUAUAUAUAUAUAUACUUAUAUAUAUAUAUAUAUAUACACACUAGCUAGAGGACUGACUGUUUGCUGUUCCAUGAUGUAUAAUCGGUUUUAU